CCUUAGCUCGAUGAGGCAGCGGAGCCGGACUCGGCUCCAUAUUAAGGAAGCCAUCAGGAAAUGGGAAUGGGAAAAAGCCUAAUUACCAAGUAAAAGGGAUAAACCAUCAGGAUUGGAACCUAGGGAACCUAAAUGCCUCGCACUGCGUUUGCUCGGGGAAAUUCUUUGGUUAUGCAGAAGUAGGCACGAAUGGCAACAGAAGAAGAGGCAGAUAACCGUAAGAGUGAAGGAGGACCAGGCUUAGGAGGCAGUGUCGUACAAAGCGAAGAGAGGCAGAAGUACAGAGAAUCGGUAAAUCCGGAUGGUACCAAAGGGAACCGGAAGGAGAUCUCCUCAGGACAAAGCUCGAGGAAAGUCGGGGGAAGCAGGCAAGGGACUCAGGAGACCAAGGAGGGCAGAAAUAAGGACAGGACAAGCCCCCGAAACUCGGAAGGAGUCGUGUCUAAGAAAGUAAGGGUCACGGAUGCGAGGCGCAAACUAGCCGAGAUAGAAAAAAGGACCGCGAAGUACAAGGUAAGAUUGAUGGAGGAAAUGAUGACUGGGAACGAAGAAGGCCCUCUGCAGGAGGAACCCCGGGACGAAUGGAAAACCAGCCGAGAUUACGAGAAUUUGGUUGUACUGUUGAAAUGGACCGAAGAGGAGAAAAUGGACCACCUAGGGCAGCAUGUGUCUUUGAGCCUAGGACGGGACAUAAUAGCCAUUGUGGCUGCGAGCCGGUCUUGGAAAGAAACCCGGGAUAUGAUGAUGAGAAAGUAUCUGGCAACAGAGAAGAUAGCAACGGAGGCCGAUUUAGUGGCAGUCCAAAGGAAGAACUUCGCAACGUACAAUGACUUCCUACGGGAGUUUACUUUGGUAGCACUAAGAAUCUCCGGGUUUACGGACAGAAUAAUGAGUAAGUACUUCCUCAGACAGUUCUCCGAGUUCGACAAGGACAAGAUCCUGUCGGCUUACCAACAGACGAGCAAAUUUGUAAACAAUAGGGACGUUGAUUUCAGUACGGUAACGGAUCUGGCCGAAAAGACGGUAGUGACCGAGACAUUGGCCUUGCUUAAGGAAGGUGAGGUCAUAGAUCUGACCGGUAGAGCGGGCGACAAGGUUAAGAAGGGGAUUGAUUGCCUACAUGAGCAGGUGCACGGGGUCGACAAUAAAAUUGGAAGGAUGGAGGGCGCGCUACUAGUUAUGCAGGCGGAAAUGUCUAGACCCGCCCUCCCUCCCCAGAAAGCUGUGGUUCCGCCAGGUGUAGCCAACCGGGGGUUCGGACGGAGAGAUCCUGCUAACGAGCAAUGCAAGUACUGUACCGCGAUGGGACAUUAUGUGCACGCGUGCCCAAAGCUCAACCAUGAUAUUCUGAAAAGAAGGUGUACCAAGUCAUUAAAGGGGGAAAUAUUUGGGCAACAAGGGGAACGGGUGAACUGGAACUCGCCAGGAGGGAUGUGGCGAGCCAUUAUCAUGCUCAACGGGUUAGAAAUAACGGUCGUAGAAGCCGACCUGGUGGGCGAGAUCAUCUGGGAUCAACUCCAGGGGCGCGGGCCGCAUGUCAACUUUAUUUUGGAAAACGACGGACGUGAUAGGGUGAACGCAACCACUCGAUUAGGAACGGUUGGGAGAAGGAUUAACCGUGACACCGUGAUGGAGGAGGUUGCUGGAAGUUCGGAACCCGAGGCAGAGCCUGAGGCCGAGGAACCGGAAAAGGUCUAUGGGAAACCUAGGGAAGAGGAGCCUACAGACAAAGUUACCGCUGCCAAGAAGAAGUUUAGGUACCAAAUCCCGAUCCUAUCCUUGCCUGAGAUCGACGACACCAUUAGCAAGUUACUAGGAACCAUGGUGUCGGUGUCCUUUCAGACCAUGCUGCAGGCUAGCCCUAGGUUGCUCAAAGGGCUUAGACAACUGUUGACUCGGCGGCGAGUAGAAAUAGGCGACAACCCCGAAUUACGAGAAGGGGAGAGGGAGGAGGAAGCUCCGCAAGAAGUGGCUAACCUUCAGAGGAGUCACGGGGACUUGGAGAAUCUCGAGAAAGCUUUUGCGGACACUUGUUUGAGCUUGACCGACCGAGAGGGCGGCGAGGUCAUGAGAAUGCUCGUCGUGGCCCGCGACAUGUUUCCAGAAAAGUGUGAGCCCUAUAUCGACGACAAUCCGAUCAAAGUUGCCCUGUCCGCAUCUUGUUUUAAUGACGAAGUAGGACGACCCUUCAUCCUAGAGACGGAUGGAGGACCUUUAGCCGUAGGGGGCGUGUUGAUUCAAAGGGACGAGGGAGGAAAAGAGAGGCCAAUUAGGUUCGAAAGUAGAACCCUGAACUCCGCAGAGCGGCGGUACUCGCAGUUCAAGAAGGAGGUCCUAGCCAUCUUGCACUGCCUUAAGACCUUUCAUGCCUACCUAUUUGGGAGGCGGUUCAUCCUUAGGAUCGAUCCAACGAAUGUUGCGGGGGCUCUAAAGAAUUACAGGCCUAUAGACCCGACGGUGGGGAGAUGGGUAGGAUUUAUCUGGCAGUUCGAUUAUAAAAUCGAACGAAUUGCGGGAAUUAAGAACAAGGCCGAUGGGCUGAGCCGGGUCUGUAUCACUCCCGAAGGGGUGGAGGGUGCGGAGCCCAUAGACGCAUUCCUCGAAUACGAAGGAGGGACUCUCGUGGUGGAUAACGAAAUGAUGAGCAAGGAGUGCACAUCGGGAGAACUAUUGAUCCAGACUUUGGAGAAGGGGGCACCUGUCGUAGUAGAAGAACUUAGAGAAGGAUCGGUCACCACUCGAGGACGUAGAGAAGAAAAGGACUCAUGGGGAGCAAUAGUAGGACCAAAAGAGAAACUAAUAGCAAUGGCGGUCGAGGGAGGCCGGGAAGCAGUGAUGAGCUUAGUGGAAUCUUGGGAAAGGAAAGAGUUGCAAUGGGUGGUAAACCAGAUGCGAGAAGGAAAGGAUGGGGGUCAGGAAAGGGAGGAGUUUUUCUAUGUCCAAUCAUACGAAGGGCUCUUUCGGGAGAUCGGGCUGUUGCUGGUAGGCAGCAAACAACCUAAGGAAGUCAGUAUUAAAGCAAGAGAAGAAGCCGAAAGGUAUAUCCUGGAUGCGCGAGACAACUUGAGUGGGUUCGUGGAGGCGAUCGCCCUCAAGAAAAAGACAGGGAGGAGUGUGGCAGAUUGGAUAAAAGACUUUUACUUGAGGCAUCCUUUCGUCGGGAGGUUUAUAGCAGACAAUGGGACGGAGUUUGUGAACCAAGAAGUAUUGGGGAUGCUUAAGAGACUCUGCGUACCGAUCAAACUCAUCGAGCCGUAUCACCCUGAGGCCAAUGCGCCUAUGGAAAGGGGGCACCGAACCUUGAAGAACACGAUUGCGAACCUCGCAGCGGACCAGCUGGAGAUGGCCUAGGUAUCUUAAGCAGGCUGUCUUUGCGGAGAAUAUGACCCCU